AUGACGGGCACAAAGCUCGUCCCCCGAACGCGAUCCCAGCGUCCCGAAUCAAUCCUAAUCAUAGGCGGAGGAGCUACUGGACUACGAAAGGUUGGUGCGGAUGCAAGACAAGGUCUUUCCCCACUGUACGAUCCUAAAGGUCACCCGCAUUGGCCAAGUCCGGCGUAUGUUAACCUAAGGGGCAAUGUGCUGCCUGAGUUUUUGGAGUUCAGUGGCAAGAGGAUGCAACCACCCGCCAAGGGGGAGACUUUUCCGAGUCUGCAAGAAACACAUACAUAUCUCACAGAGUUUGCGCAUCCGUAUAGACAACACAUUAGGUGCUCGGUGGAGGUGUUGAGAGUGCAAGAGGUCGCUGGGCAGAAAGGAUGGCUAGUGACACUGAAGCAUUGGGCUACUGGUGUCCAGAGUGCCACUACUUUCACUCCAAGAGUCGAGAGCAAGGUAUUUGAUCGAGUAGUUGUCGCUGCAGGGUGGUACGACACCCCCUAUUACCCUGAUGUACCUGGCAUCGAAGCUGCGAAAAAAGCUGGACAUGUUCACCACUGCAAACACUACCGCGAUUCCAGCCCUUAUCACAGCAAAAAGGUGGUGGUGGUGGGCAAUAACAACAGCGCCAACGAAGUUGCGGCACAUUUAGCCCCCCUCAACUCGACAUGCCACCCCGUAUAUCGCUCCUCCAAAUCCGCACCUCUCGACAAAUGCCCUAGUUUGCCCGAUGAAAGGAUCAAAGAUGUCGGUAUGAUCACCAACUACACCCUAGUACACACCUCAGCGGGGGAGAAGGGGACCAAGUUGCAAUUGACGCUGGCGGAUGCAAGUGUGAUUAGAGAUGUGGAUUAUGUCAUUCUGGCAACCGGUUACCGGCAAAAGUAUCCUUGGUUACAUGUACUUACCCAUGCUGCCAGGAAGAGUGGUGGAGCGGAAACAGAACCAUUGACUCCCGAGAGGUUCAAGGGGACAAGGGUUCCGUUUAUGUAUAACCAUGCGCUGUUUUCCAAAAGUCAAAACCUCAGUUUGGCAUUCGUUGGAUUGGUGAUCUGUACGAUGCCGUUCAGCUUUAAUGAUUUGAUCAGUGCUUGGAUUACUGCUGUAUGGGCAGGCAAAGUUACCUCUAUACCCACCUCUAUCCCAGCACGCUUGCAAAACGAACAGGAGAGGUUGCAUUGGCUCUAUCAACAAAAGCUCAAAAGCGCAAGACCGGGGCAGAAGAUUGAUCCGCAAGAUCCUCUUACAUACACCGGAUUCCACUUACUUGGCGGAAGCCUCAAAGAAGGACCUCCUUCAGAACUGCACUUCGCACAAGAGCUAUACGAUGAGUUAGCCAAGGUGGACCCGGAAAGCGUAAACAAAUGGGAUUGCAAAUGGCACCAAGCACGAGAGGAACGCCAAACUUGGAUGUAUAGCAGAAAAGCUCAGUGCUUGGAGGAAAAUAGGGAUCGGAUUCGUCAUGAUCCGUUUGAUUUGCUCGGAAGUAAUAGAGAGAGAUAUGCACAUUUGCUCGACGACUUGGUCCAUCCUGAUUGGAGACAAAAGAUUGCGCCAAAGGCAAAGUAUUAA